GAAUUUGUGAGAGAAUAGGGUGAAAAAGAGUUAAGCACCGACUAGAACCAUUUGUCAUAAUAUUCUGAUAGGUGUCGGUGCCAAGCGACACGUAUAAGACAAGUGAGUUAUUGACUCGCGUAUCACUUAAGUAAUACGGCACAACGGAUGUACAACUGUGGGAAUGGCUCAAGAAAACUUCGUUCAAUUUAACUGUAAGUUGGACGAUCUAAAGCCCCUGGACCUUUCGUUAAAAUCAGCUCUAGCCAAGUUAAAAAAACCGUACAGAUUAUUUUGCCAAAUAUGUACUAAAGGUUUCGAUCGACCAUCGUUGCUAAAAAGACAUUUGAGAACUCAUACAGGCGAACGUCCACACGCGUGUCCCGAAUGCAAGAAAGCAUUUUCUACUUCGAGUGCGCUCAACACCCACAAGCGCAUUCACAGCGGAGAACGUCCGCAUGCAUGUUCAUUAUGUGGAAAAACGUUCACAGCUAGUUCAAACUUAUACUAUCAUCGAAUGACUCAUUUUAAGGAAAAACCACACAAAUGUAGUCUAUGUACCAAAUCAUAUCCAACGCCAGGUAACUUAAGAAGUCACAUGUCAUCUCAUAUUGGACAUUGGCCACACAAAUGUAACAUUUGUGGACGAAAUUUCAGUAAGAAGAUUAACUUGGAACGCCAUGUUAAAUGUCAUAAAUAA